AUCCGCGCGCAGCGCUGGCCGCAUUUAAAAAGAUUGAGUGUUUCGCGCCAAAACGAAUUUUAAAAUCGAACGUGUUUUUUUUAUAGUGAUGUGCGUGUUUGGGAAGUGAUUUUGAUUUUUUGUUGGCGUUGUGACCGAUAACGAAGGUCAACAGUAAAAAAACAGUGAAACAACAAAACCUAAAAUCUACAUCUGGAAUUAUUCCUUAAACAACAGUGAAAAAUCAGUACAAACGUGAAAACUUCACAGUGAAAAGUGAAAUCAGUUGCGAGUGAACUUAAAGCCCGAACCGCGAGUGCCGUAAUAACAGCGAGUGCAGUGUGGCGUGUCUGUGAUUGUGUAUGAUGAGUGGCGAGUAUGGGUGACGUGACCAUGCAUAGGACGUGCGUGAGGGUCAAUUCUGCGGACGACGAGUCCAGGGAUGAGGUUGAUCACGACCUGCCUAAGAAGAACCCUUUUAUUCGGGGCUCGGACCCUCGCGUGGCGACGUGCCGCGGACGCCUGCAGACGCGACGCUGCCAGCUCAACCAGGAGAUCAACAAAGAAUUGAGGUUGCGAGCUGGUGCUGAAAACUUAUUCAAGGCAACAACAAACCGGAAACUACGUGAGACGGUGGCGCUGGAGCUGAGCUUCGUCAACUCCAACCUGCAGCUGCUGAAGGAGCAGCUGGCUGAGCUCAACUCCUCGGUGGAACUCUACCAGAACGACAGCAAAGAAUGCGUAAUGCCCAUGAUCCCCCUGGGGCUGAAGGAGACCAAGGAGGUGGACUUCCGGGAGCCGUUCAAGGACUUCAUACUAGAACACUACAGCGAGGAUGCUGCUGCUCAUGAGGAAGCCAUCUCCGACUUCAUGGACAUGAGACAGGCAAUCCGCACUCCAGUCCGCUCGACGGCCGGCGUAGGUCUCCUCUUCAAAUAUUACAACCAGCUGUACUUCAUAGAACGUCGGUUCUUCCCGCCCGACCGUUCUUUGGGAGUCUACUUCGAAUGGUUCGACUCUUUGACAGGAGUGCCGUCAUGUCAGCGGACGGUGGCGUUCGAAAAGGCGUGCGUAUUGUUCAACAUAGCUGGGAUUUACACACAGAUUGGCGCUAAACAGGAGCGGCACACAUCUCUAGGCCUAGAUGGUGCGGUGGACGCAUUACUAAGAGCGGCGGGCACCCUCCGGUACAUCCACGAGAACUUCACCAACGCGCCCUCUGUCGACUUAGCGGCGGAUACAUUGCUGGUGCUCGCUGCCACUAUGACGGCCCAAGCCCGCGAAUGUCUGUUCGAAAAGCUGCAACUCCAAGCGCGCGAGUGCGGACGCGGCGAGCUGCGGGAUGAUCUGGACAUGUGCCUCGACUUUGCGCAAGAGGCGGCGCAAUGCGCACAUACUUAUACGCAGCUAUAUCAGAAGAUGCAGACGGAAGGAGUCUUUAACUAUGUGCCAUACUCAUGGGUCUCUCUGGUCCAUGUCAAGACUGAAUUCUAUAAAGCGCUGGCGCACCAAUACGCGGCACUGGGGCUGCUCCACGCGGACAGCACGCCCCGCGCCCGACAAAGAGUCGCCGCACUUUAUACUAGCAGCGAUCGGAACGUUGACAAUGGUUCAGUAUCCAACACCAAGAUGGACGACGAUCUGGACUUCAUGGUGGUGGGGCGCGCGCACCUAGUUGAAGCGCAAGCGUUGUACGAAGAAGCACAGAGGUUGCAGAGGAUGUGUCGUGAACUGCGAGGCAAGGAGCCUCUAGCACGAGUAAUACGUGCUCAUGCAGAGAGGGCUGCCCGAGAACGAGCCACCCUAAGGGACUCACCGGACCUCAGCGAAAUGGAGCUACUUGACGCACCAACUAUUCUGCCUUCAUCAAAAUUCCAACUGUCCCUAACGCCGCCAGACUUCGCGCAGCACCGCGUGGACGACCUCUUCAAAUCCCUCGGCCCCAUCGCCGUGUUCUCCGCCAAGCGCCACUGGAGCGCCCCCCGCCUCAUCACACUCCAAAAACACAGCAGAGACAGCUGCAGGAGAAUCAACAGCAGAAACUAUGACCUUGAGAAAAGAUCAGAGAAACGAGACCGUUCCGAAGACAAUAGCGCUUACUACAACUCCGUAAUCAGAGAUGAGAAUUACGAAGACUACGAAAAGCAACUCCAAAGAGUCAUGAAGCAAAACGGGGUUUAUAUAAACAGUUAUAACAACAUGGAAUACCAUCCUAAAGUUUUAGAUUACGAUAAAUAUGACUAUAGAAACAAUGAAAGCUUUAUAAAGACGACUACGGAAAGUGUGAAUGGGAAGUUGAAGAAUGGGAGAGAAAGAAGAAAGGAGCCAUUGAGAAGGGUGGCGAGUGAAUAUAAUGUGUCUAAUUCGAAGGAUGAGGACGGUUUCGGGUUCUCUGUGAGAGGCGACGCGCCGGUCAUGAUUGCGGCGGUUGAACCAAAUUCUUUGGCUGAUAUCGGCGGCAUGCGGGAAGGUGACUUCAUCAUCUCAGUCGGCGACAAAGAUGUGAAAUGGAGCUCUCAUGAAGAGGUGGUCCGACUCAUUCAACAAGCCGGCGACUUGUUGGCGCUCCGGCUUGCCACCCCCAUGGAUAAGAGCUUGACGAAGUCGUCCCCAGAUAUCCCUCGGCAGUCCAACUCCAACCAAGGCUCGGUGUCGGCGGCCUCCACGGCGUCGAGCGGCUCCACGGCCGCCACCGCGCGCUCCUCCGCGCGCCGCGCGCCCUCCUGGAACCCCUUCCGCCGGCACACCGCCAGGGACAACAGCUCGCAUAGAGGCUCGCAUACGAGCAACGUUAUAUUUCGGUAGACGUCCUUAAUGCGCUUGUUAAAGUUUGAGAAAUAAAGGUAUUGAAUAACGCCAUCUGAUGACUCGUCCGAGUGAACCGUGGCCAAAAAUAAAGACUACAGCUUGCACAUAGGAGCAACCUUAUAUUUCGGUAGACGUACUUAAAGAAUUUGAAAAAUAAAUUUGGUAUUGAAGAUAACGCCAUCUGGUGACUCAUACUAGGAAGCUUACUUAGCGGUCAAAGAUACCGCCAUCUUGUGACUAGUAUGGGAAACGUUAUAUUUUAGUAAACUUAACAAGUCUAUAGUCUGCGGUUAAUGUUUCUUGAGAUUUGACGUAUCUACAAACACCGAAACGAGUUUUUAAGGACGUAUGAGCUCUUAAACUAGGGUUACAAAUGUUACGAUAGAUUUUGUAGAGGGAGGGUAGGAAAGAGGUUAAAAUUGAGAGGUUUUAGACAAAAGGGACCUUACAGCAUGUGCUCACUCGAUUACGAGACGCUAAUCGCACUAAUAUCCCUUUUCACCAAGAACGCCACUUUUGUAUUUAACAUUAAAUCAGGGUUAUAAAAUAUUUGUGGCAUACAGCAUUGUUAGAAAUCUGUAUCGAAAAAAGAAACGGCACAUGUGUUUUCUGGUUAGUUUCAUUUGAAAUAAGCAGUCAGUAACAUUAAGAACUUCAAUUCAAAUAAAUAUUAGUUUUAAAAUAAAAUGUAUACGCAAAUUAUCUAUCUUAUAAAACAUCCGUCUAAAUACUAUAAUAAAUCCGUCCAUAUUUUAGACUGAUGUUUAAAUACUUAAAAAAGAAUGGUUCUUAUAAAAGGCAGCGCCACCUAUUGUCAAAAUUCGUACUUAAUCUUCUAAUGUUAUUUAAUUUAUAAGGUGUGAUAAGCAAUGGCAUAUGCAACUAUUAUAUAUUUAGCUUCCUAAAUAUAUAGUUAGACUAUUGGAUUCUUGAUUAAGGCUAUGAAAUUCCAAAGUUAAACUAAUUCACGAUUGAAGCACUAUACUGACUAUAAGACCUUGUUUUCUUAUUGGAAUAUUAUCCACAUAUAGUAUUGUGUCCUUUCAAUGGUUCCUCGAAUACACACAAAAUAAAACAAUAAUUUUAAAAAAAAACUUUUUAGUCUAUGGUCGCGGGUACGAUUAUUUUGUUGUAUACUUCAUAUUUCUUCUACUGUACUUUGAUUUCGUAAAAUAGAUGACGCUAGCAAAUACAAUAAACGAUAAAAUCACCGAUAGAUGGGGAUACUUAAGUGAUUUAUUCCAUAGAUGGCGUUGAGCUUAAUAAUAUAAAGACGCCAUCUAGUAAGUGAUUUAAUGAUAGCGCCAUCUAGUAAGACAAAAUUAAAACUUCGUUACCUUUCUAUCCUAUAAAUACAGUCGGCAACAUGAAAUAUUGGAUAUUUUUACUAUAAGCAUUCGAAAGAUUUUUCAAUCGAAAUCUGAAGUAACAUAACAUGAACAUGAUUGUCUAGUGAAAUGGCAAAUUAAACUUGAAUAGCGUAUCUGUUCAAACGUAAACAAGGUAGUUACUGAAUAUCCAAAUUUGCUCGCUUUACAUUUUUCCUAGCGCCAUCUACCGGAGAAUUUAACCAGCAUUAGCAAAGCAGCAAAAUCCUAAUAGAAUGCUGACUCUGUCCACUGGUAUUGUUGCCGGCUGUACUUUUUCUUUUUAUUUAUUAAUUUAUUCGGCACGUGCAAACUGCCAAGUCUUUGGAUAACUAAGACGAACGCAGUUCUUGGAUUCGAAUGACAUUCUUCUUAUUUAAUAAUUCUAUUUCUUCUUCAUCAUUUUUCCUUAUCCUUUUUUUCAAAUAAAUGUUGAUUUACACAAUAUUUUAUCUAGGUACCCUCAAAAUAGGAAGCAUUGAAUGCAGUAAAAUAAUUAUUAAAAAAAAUACAGUUUGGCGAACCAUGAUGUCACGGCCCUACAGAAAAAACGGGAAAUUCCAAUUUUGUGCUUUCAUUUUUAACUAGAAAAAAUGAUUUGUCAAGCUAUUUAUUAUUUGUAUAAUAUAUUUUCCUUUCUUACAUUUAAAGGCCUGUCCAGACGGGAUGAUCAAAUCGACUGAUUAGACCAGAAAAGAAAUUGGCGUCAAUCCCUAAUUUAAUCACCAAUUUUAGAUUUAUGGUGAUAUUUGAGCCCUCUCAAUAAAUAAAAAAAUGCCCCCAAACGCAAAUAGCUAGCGACACAAAUUGGUAUUCUUGUAUCCGCACCUCCAUUUUAUCGGUAAUAUCGGUCAUAAUCGGCGGUCGAAAUCGGCGAGCCAAAUUGGAGUUUGCGUCCGCACCACCUGACCAGGCAAUUUGAUCAGAUUAGCGAAAAUUGUUCCCGUCUGGACUGGCCUUAAUGGUUUUACUGUGCACUUUUUGUCUAUUUUCACUACAAAACAUAUCGUAUAAGAUUAUUGUAAGUAAAAAUGUAUAUGUCACAAAAUUCAGUAUUUAUAAAAUAGAUUAUUUUUAAUUUUGGUUGUGAUCGAUCUUCACGUAAGUAUAUUGAUCGCACCCAAAAAUAUAAAAAAAAAAACCUAUUAUUUUAAUUUUACUCGAGUUUAUUUUUGUGUAUAAAGGUAGGAUAGGAAAAUGUAUAUCAUUGUAAAAACAAAAAGAUGUAUAGAUUGUUGGUUAAAGUGAACAAUAAAGUUUGUUUAAAGGCA